UCCAGACACCCUUGCUGGAACAGACUCUCCAACUGAAAAUCCCAACAAGAUGGCUUCUGGUCUUUACUUGACUUUGCUGUUUUGCCUGAGCUGUGGGCUCUGGAUUGGAUCCAAUGCAGAAUCAGCCCAACAAAAAACAACUCGGAGCACCAUCUCCACACAGAGAUUGAUCACCUGUGAUGACGCUGAUAGUGUCCUACACCUGCACUGUGAAAGAGGAGUGAUCUCUGUGCAGUCAGUUCUGUAUGGACGGGAAGACAGUGAGAUCUGCAGUGAGGGCAGACCGGGCAACCAGCUUGUCAACACUAAAUGCUCCCAGAAUGGCUCGCUGGAAACCCUCAAGACAAGAUGUAAUGGGAAGAAAGUCUGUGAAAUAAAUGCCCUCGUGUUUCGUACUUCUGAUCCUUGUUAUGGCAUCUACAAAUAUGUGGACACCACAUAUUCGUGUUUCCCUGCAGUUCACACUGUGGCCUGUGAAUCCUCGCUGGCAAACCUUCAAUGUGAUGACGGGCAGGUCAUAUCUGUGAUUGGGGCUUAUUAUGGACGAACUGACCCAACCACGUGCUCUUUUCAGCGUCCUUCCUCUCAGGUCCAAAAAACGGACUGCUUGAGGCCCUCAAGCGAAGUUGCUGCCAGCUGUAACGGAAAAACCACCUGCUCUGUCAAAGCCAGCAAUUCCGUGUUUGGAGAUCCUUGUGUUGGAACGUACAAGUACCUGGAGGUGGCCCACAUCUGUGAAAGAAAAUCUAGAAGUGGUUGCCCCUCUGGAUGGGACCAGUAUGGCCAGCGCUGCUUCUGGUUCUUUAACUCUGAAAGGGACUGGGCUACUGCUGAGCGUACCUGCAUCUCGCUUCGUGCAAACCUGGCCUCCUUCCAAUCCCACCAUGAGUAUGUUUACCUCAAGAAUCUGGUGAACAGGAAGAAAGGAUCUUAUGUUAGAACCUGGUUGGGAGGCACUGAUGCAGCGAAGGACGGUGUGUGGCUGUGGACUGACGGGUCAAAGUUCAACUACGUCUCUUGGGGCAGAGGAGAACCGAACAACCAUCGUGGACGAGAGGACUGCAUGGAGAUCAACCUGAAAGGUUCAACUCAACACCUGAACGAUGAAAAGUGCUCCAGAAGGAAUUAUUUCAUCUGUGCCAAAAAGGUCUAACGCUUCUCUUCUUUCCUGAGAAAUCCGACAUGGCCAUGUGACCUUCUCACUGGUGAUGUCACUUCCUCCAGGAUGUCAGGCCUCGAUGGCAUUGCUGCUGGAAGACACAAGGAUAAAAUCUCAUUUAAAAUACAUUCAAAUUAAUAAAGAAUAACCCUCCC